AACGAAUUGAAGAUGAUUUAAGUUCAAAUACAGCACUUCUCAAGUCCUAGUAGAACUAGCGUCUUGAUGAUCCUGGUGUAUCCAGCCUUCCAGUGAACUAUAGGCAACGCCAUGUAUACACAGCAGCGUUCCGGGACAUGGAAUCCAACCACCAAGAAUAAUGUUCUCCAAUAAUUGAUGGCCAACUUACAUAAAUUGUUUUCCACUUCAGUCGCCACGCUGUAUCAAAGUCUACUUAAAACACCACACUUAGCCACCAAAUCCUCAUUCAGUCAGCAAUCUAUAGGUCCAGCAGUCCCAAAUAAACAGGAUUCCAACCAACGCUUCUAGAGCAAAAUGUUUAAGCAGGCAAAGCUCUAACAUGCUCAACCAUCAUGGCCUUAACCUUUCAGGGGUCUCACCUUCUUCUCCCAUCUUUUUAAAAAGAUUAUAUCUCUG